GGGUUGGAGAGGUUUUAGGUGUGCGUGGCUGGAGGUUCUGGCUUAGCCUCUGUUCUUUUUCUGGCUGUUUCUCUCCACCUAUCCAGGAUGAAAGUGGUGGCUUUAAUCAGUGGUGGAAAAGACAGCUGUUACAAUAUGAUGCAUUGUGUUGCUGCUGGCCAUCAGAUUGUUGCCUUAGCCAAUUUAAGACCUCCUGAAAAUAAAGAAGGAUUCGAUGAACUGGAUAGUUACAUGUAUCAAACAGUGGGCCAUCAUGCUAUAGAAUUAUAUGCUGAAGCAAUGGGCUUGCCUCUCUACCGUCACACGAUUAAGGGUACCAGCGUUAACACAGGCAGCAUCUACACAAAAUGUGAGGGUGAUGAGGUGGAAGAUCUUUAUCAGCUUCUGAAACUUGUAAAGGAUAAAGAAGGGGUGGAAGCUGUUUCAGUAGGGGCCAUUCUUUCAGAUUAUCAACGAGUCCGUGUGGAAAAUGUUUGUAAAAGGCUUGCUCUGCAGCCUUUAGCAUACCUGUGGCGUCAGAAUCAAGACACAUUGCUGAGAGAAAUUAUAUCCUUGAAAGUUCAAGCCAUAAUAAUAAAAGUAGCAGCUAUCGGUUUAGAUCCAGAUAAACAUCUAGGAAAAACAUUGGAUGAAAUGGAACCUUAUCUUUUGAAACUUUCUCAGAAGUAUGGAGUCCAUAUCUGUGGAGAAGGGGGAGAAUAUGAAACAUUCACAUUGGAUUGCCCUCUGUUUAAGAAGAAAAUCGUUGUGGACUCAUCAGAAGUAGUUGUACAUUCAGCAGAUGCAUUUGCCCCUGUGGCUUAUCUCCGCCUAUUAAAGUUACAUUUGGAAGAUAAGGCACAGUUUGGGGGCAAAAUUCUGCCUGGGAAAUGUUCAUGUGACACAGAAGAAAUUGAAGACAGUGCCUGGUCACCUUCAGAUGAGAUAAAGGAAACCCCUUGCAUUACGUGGCAGUUUUUAAGAUCAAAUCUUGCACAAGAAAGUAAAGCUCUUGAAUUUUCUGGAAAGUCUCUGAAGGGUUACCAGUGGAUAACAGGCAUCAGCACAUACGUUGAUCCAUCGGAAGGAAAAAGCAUACAAGAACUGGCAAACAACGUCUUUUCCUCACUCCAAGCUCAUAUGAAUUUAAAAGGAUUGGCAUUGACAGAUAUUAUUUUGGUCCAUCUGUAUAUGAAGAGUAUGGCCGAUUUUGCUGUGAUAAAUUCAGUCUAUAUGACAGCAUUUGAUUUGUGUCCUCCAGCGAGGGUUUGUGUUGAAGCUCCAUUGAAGGAAGGCCUGCUAUUUCAGAUGGACUGCCUUGCCCAAAAGGAUGAUAAGAUGAUCUCUGAUGCACCUGGUUCCCAGAAGCAGGCGAUGCAUGUACAGAGUAUUUCUCAUUGGGCUCCUGCCAAUAUUGGUCCUUACAGUCAGUGCAUACAGGUUGAAGAUACUCUGUAUUGUGCUGGACAAAUUGCAUUAGUACCCUGCACUAUGCAACUUACAAAGGGUGGCAUCAAAAAAGAAGCUCUGAUGUCUUUAAACCACGUUGAAAGAGUCCUGAAAGCCGUGAACCUGAAGGCUGAACUCCAUCAUGUACUCACGGCAAAUUGUUAUGUAACAGACAGCAAGUACAUUUCUGUUGCUGAAGCUAUAUGGCAGAAGAAAUUAAAAGAAGUUAUAAAGACAAAAGAUGAAGACAUAAAUAAUGAUAUGCCUGCAACACAUGGAGAACUAGUUGUAGUUGUGGUACCUUUUCUUCCAAGAGCUGCUUCCAUUGAAUGGCAUGUCAUUGCAGUAGUAGACCAACAACAGAGGCAGAAACUUACACAGAUAAGGUCACUGGAGAGCUGCCAAAUUAGAUGUGAAGCUAUGCAGUCCUAUCCAACAUGUGCUACUGCUGUUACCAUAUCUUUAACUGUGACUUCAUCAUCAGCUUCUACAAUCAAUUUAGAUCUAGUCCUGCAUGGUAUGGUGGAAAUGUUUAAACAAGUUGUAGAGAAGAUGUCAACAUAUGGUGACAUAACUCCAUUAAGUUUUAGAACAUUCUUCCGAACAAAUAUUGUCAAAAGGGAAGCACUAAAAACAGGACUACAAAGACACCUUGAAGAACAAAUGGGCCUAAAAGUACCAGCUUUAAUUAUGGUACCUGUAGUGGACUUGCCUGGAAACAAAAUGAUUCAAAUAGCAUGUUGGCUCAGCCAGUAACUAAGGAUUAUACAUCACGAACAAGAAAACAUCAAUAAUGGAGUUAUUGAUGGAGUUAGUACUAACUACUCUGUGUAUUAUCUGAUGUUAAUAAGUACAUUUAAACUUAGAAUAUUUGUCAACAAUUUUUUCUAGCUGCCUUCUGACAGAAUUCAGAAAUAAUGUCUGUAAUUCCAGAAUUCUCUAGAAUCCUUGUA